AUAAAGAUGGGCGUGACAGAAAGGAGGCGAGGUCAGUACAAGACACGCUCUCUAUUUAGAAACCGAUGAGUAACAUUUUCUGGGCCUUUGCCAAAUCAGUUUGGUAUGUGUACGUACGUGUAUAUGCUAUGCUCUAUGGAACUUGAAAAAUGAUUCUGAGCGUGAAAACCAAGACUGGUAGACUUGUCAUCAAUGACUUGUCAGAGACUUCCACUUUUGGCCACCUUCAAAGUGUACUUAAGCAGAAGACAAGUAUAUCUCCUCCCUAUCAAAAAAUACUGUAUGGCUAUCCCCCCCAACCGAUAUCUUCGUCAGAUACGAAUGCUACCCUCCAGUCCCUGGCCAUACAAAGUGGGGAGACACUCAUCCUAGAGAGCCAUGACAACGCUAUGUCCACACCCACUGGGAACGUUCAAAGUGACAGCACUGCAUCUGGAAGUAGACCCUUGAACAAAGAAAUGAGAAAACUCUCCAGAAAAGUCGUACCUGCUGACAAUUCUUGUUUAUUCAAAUCCAUCAGUCUACUGCUGUGUAAUGGAGUAGAAAGCAGCAAGGAACUGAGGGAGUUGGUCGGAGGCAUUGUCCUCUCAGAUCCUGGUAAAUACCACACUGCUCUGUUGGGGAGAGACAGCAGUGAGUAUGUGAAGUGGCUACUCAGGGAAGAGUCAUGGGGAGGUGCUAUAGAGGUGUCAGUGUUCAGUGAACACUACCAGACAGAACUAGACGUGGUCGAUAUUCAGACUCAGAGAAUAGACAGAUUUGGUGAAGAUAAAGGUUACUCCAACAGAGCCUUGCUCCUAUACGAUGGUAUUCACUAUGACCCACUACUGAUGGAGGGAGGUGAUGGGAACACUAUUCAGUCUCUGUUCCUCACUUCUGAUGAAACUAUUCUAGUGGAGGCUGUUCAAAUUGCAAAGAGUGCUUUUGAUGCUCGUCGGUAUACUGACCUUGCUGGGUUCUCACUGAGAUGCAUGGUUUGUGGGAAAGCUCUUACUGGGCAGACUGAUGCACAAGACCAUGCUCAAACAACUGGCCACAUUAACUUCGGAGAAGUAUAAACAAUUGGAAAUCAAGCUCAUUAGUACCCAUUAUUAAUCAUUAGCUCUCUGGUUAGAGCUAGUUAUUUAAUUGCGUUUUAUCUUCAUUCUUGUGGUAGUAUUUGCUAAUUGUUGG